GUCAGCUUCUAACGGUUAACGGAAAUUGGAAACGGAUACGGAGUGUUCAAAAGAAAGGAUUAAUAUACAAUUUACUAUAAGAAUAAUAAAGUAAAAUAAAUUUAUUUUAUUUUUGUUUAAAUAAAAAAAGUCUUUUGAAAAACUCAUCAAUAUGGAUAGCGAUGAGUUUCGUAAACGUGGUGCCGAAAUGGUGGAAUAUAUAUGUCAAUAUCUAGAGACUUUAAAUGAGCGUCGCGUUACACCAAGUGUAGAACCUGGUUAUUUGAGACAUCUACUACCAGCUGAAGCACCCAAGGAACCCGAAGAUUGGGAUAAAAUUAUGCAGGAUGUUGAGGAUAAAAUUAUGCCGGGUGUAACGCAUUGGCAGCAUCCAAGAUUUCAUGCUUACUUUCCGGCUGGCAAUUCAUUUCCUUCUAUAUUGGGUGAUAUGUUGGGUGAUGGUAUAGGUUGUAUAGGAUUUUCAUGGGCCGCUAGUCCUGCUUGUACGGAAUUAGAGACUAUAGUUUUGGAUUGGUUGGGUAAGGCUAUUGGUUUGCCAGAUCACUUUUUGGCUUUAAAGGAGGGUAGUACUGGUGGUGGUGUUAUACAGACUUCUGCCUCUGAAUGUAUAUUGGUCACAAUGUUGGCUGCCCGUGCUCAAGCUUUGAAACGUCUUAAGUCUCAACAUCCUUUUGUAGAGGAAUGUCAGUUGCUAUCGAAAUUAAUGGCUUAUUGCUCCAAAGAAGCUCAUAGUUGUGUGGAAAAAGCGGCCAUGAUAUCAUUUGUUAAGUUGAGAAUUUUAGAACCUGAUGAGAAUGCUAGUUUGAGAGGAGAAACCAUAGCUGAGGCCAUGGAAGAAGAUGAAUUGCAGGGUUUUGUACCCUUUUUUGUUUCCACAACUUUGGGCACUACGGGCUCGUGUGCUUUCGAUAACUUGUAUGAAAUUGGACAAGAAUUACAAAAAUUCCCAGGAGUAUGGUUACACGUGGAUGCCGCCUAUGCUGGUAACUCUUUCAUAUGUCCAGAAUUAAAGCCGUUGUUAAAGGGUAUUGAAUUUGCCGAUUCAUUUAAUACAAAUCCCAACAAAUGGCUGUUAACCAAUUUCGAUUGUUCCACCUUAUGGGUACGUGAUCGUAUCCGUUUGACCUCGGCCUUGGUAGUGGAUCCAUUGUAUUUAAAACAUGGCUACUCUGAUGCUGCCAUCGAUUAUCGUCAUUGGGGAGUUCCAUUGAGUCGACGUUUUCGUUCACUGAAAUUGUGGUUCGUUUUACGUUCAUAUGGAAUUUCCGGACUACAAAAAUACAUAAGACACCAUAUCGAAUUGGCUAAACGUUUCGAACAGCAUGUGCUUAAAGACAAGCGUUUCGAAAUAUGUAAUCAAGUUAAGCUGGGUCUCGUUUGUUUCCGCUUGCAAGGUUCAGACAAACUAAACGAAAAACUGCUAAGUGCCAUCAACGAAUCGGGUAAAUUGCAUAUGGUACCGGCCUGUGUCAAUGAGCGCUACAUUAUACGUUUCUGUGCUGUAGCUCAAAAUGCUACCGCCGAAGAUAUUGAUUACGCCUGGGAAAUUAUUGUAGAUUUCGCCAAUGAACUGCUCGAGAAAGAACAGCACGAUGAACUUACUGAAAUUAUCAACAAGAAGAAGGAAGACACUUUGGCCAAGAAACGUUCAUUCUUCGUGCGCAUGGUCAGUGAUCCGAAAAUCUAUAAUCCAGCUAUCAAUAAGGCGGGUACACCAAAAGUAUCAUUGGAUAUAUCAUCGCCGGUGGUUAGUCAGCGGUCAACAAAUCCCGUUAUACGCACACAAAGCUCUAUAGAUCACAAUUCUUGGAUAUCAUGGCCAUUGGCGUUUCUGUUCAAUAGUAAUAAUGAGGACAGUGGUCAGAAGAGUAAUGUUUCAUUGCGCUUCCGUCAUUUGGAUACUAAUGUCAGACCUUCUUCGUCUAGACGUAAUUCGGGUGCCGGUUCUUCUCCCUCGCCAGAAAAUGAUUUGGGUGUUAUAAAUGUCUUAAAGUCGCCCAAGAAAUCACCAAAUAUGCCUCGCAAAGGCAGUUAUUCCAAUAAUACUAGCAAUAAUCAUAAUUGAAUGAUUAAUAUCUUAGCUGUAAUUUGACUUUAAUUCAAUUUAUUUCCAUAAUUAACUAAAUUAGCAAAGAAAAACAAAUACAAACAAAAUUUUUUUGUCUCCUUAAAUAAAU